CAUGUUUGGGCUGCUAAGUCGAAGGAACUUAAACCGGAGCCCGAACCCGAGCAAGUACAACAUGUUCGACCUCCAAGGAAAGACAUUUCUUGUUCUCAUUCUGGGCGUAGAAGACAUCAGGCUGAGGAAUGUUAUGCACUUCAUGGCUAUCCAGAGUCGUGGCAUGAACGACAAAAGAACAAACCACCUAAAGGUCGAGUACGACAUGGUACACGACCAGUUAGUUUGGGCAAGUCAAUCAAUAUUCGGGAAAGAGUAAACGUUUCUCAAACGGCAACUACCAGUCAGUCUCUCUCAGGCUUGAACAUGGAUGAAUUCAACCGUUUUCUGAAUCUACGGACAAUGCAGCAUCCUGAAUCUAAUAUCUAUUCUGGAGGUCCAUCAGAUUUAAAUCGAUUCCCAAUGGCACAAAAGUUGGAAGCGAAAGGUGGAAAUGGAGGCAAGGAAUGGGAUGAUGGAGCCAACUAUGAUGGUGUGUCACAGAUCUAUAUACGAGAGGGUGUUGGAGGUAUAGAGUCUAUCAAGUUCGAUUAUGUCAAGAAUGGACAACCUGAACAUGGGCCAAUCCAUGGUGGCUCGGGGCAAAGUUUCACCGAGUGGUUUGAUCUAAACCAUACAUGUCAUGAACGUAUCGUAUCGGUUACAUGUUUCUUGGACGAGGGUGCAAUACAAGGAUUUGUGAUCAAAACCAAUAUCAGGACUUCUGCACUCAUGGGAUAUAACCUUGGUACUACGUUUAAACUUGAAGUCAAAGGCAAGAAGAUCAUUGGGUUUCAUGGAUCUUCUGACAAAAACCUUUAUUCUCUUGGAGCUUAUUUUGCACCACUCUCUCCUGGUGAUUUGAAAUACUAGGAGUUCCUCGGAAAAGCUUAAUAUUAUCUAUAUUUAAGCAUCAUCAGGUUGAUUCAUGAAUGCAUGAAAAUGUACUUUUUGAUUAUGUAUAUAUAUCACCUUCAAUAUUAUUUUAUUUUGGCUUGUUUUUCAAAGUCCUUUAAUAAAGAAUAGUUAAAAUCC